AUGAAUAGUAAUAAAUCAUCAGACAAUUCUGGAAUAUACCAACCAACAGUUAUGACGAACAACCCAACUCCUGGACCCAAAUAUUUGGUUAUGUCAAGAACAAAAAGUGAGCAGACCCUAGCCAGAGUAUCGCCGUUUUUAAUUAAAAGAGUAAUCGACUCUGUUUGCGGAGGUGAAGUCGACAGUUGCAAGAAAUGGAGAGAUGGAAGAAUUUUAAUUAAAACAAAAAAUUUCAUCCAAGCUGCAAAAUUACUCAAGCUGGAAGUACUUUCUCCUACAAUUGAUGUUGAAGUUAUUGAGCACAACUCUCUCAAUUUUGCUAAAGGUGUGAUUUAUUGUAACGACCUGAGGGGAAUAGGCGAGGAAGAAAUUCAACAUGAAUUAAAAUCUCAAAAUGUAAGAAAGGUUGAAAAAAUAAGAAGAAGGAAAUCAGCAGACAAUCUAGAAGAAACUGGCUUGAUUACUCUUACAUUCAACAGCACAUCUCUGCCAUCGGAAAUCUCUAUUGGAUACGAAAGAGUAGAAAUACGUACGUAUGUUCCCCGCCCUAUACGUUGUAGAAAUUGCUUUCGAUACGGUCACAUGGAAAAUAUAUGUACAAAUAUCAAGUUAUGCUCAAAUUGCUCUAACGAAUUCCAUAAAUGUGAACAAUUCAAGGAAGUAUGCAAAACUGCAAAGUCUUGUAUUAAUUGCAAAGAACAAAAUCUGGAUUUUAAUCACGCCACAAUCAACAGCAAGUGCCCAAUAUAUAUCAAAGAGAAAGAAAUUCAAGCGAUUGUCACGCUUGAAAAAGUCAACAAAAAUAAAGCUGUAAAUUUGUACAAAGAACGCCACUCAAAUACUCUGUAA